GUGUUGCGCACCUCAUACAUGAGGCACCUCAAAUGUCACACUCAAAGUUGUCAAAUGUCGCAUCACCUCAAAUACACAUUUUGUACCGCUUCAAACUCGUUGAGGUAUUUCAAACGCGGGCUAGGCGCUGAAUGUGAUUGAGGCGGUGAGUCGUAUGUCAUGAAUGAGUGAACGGUUGAGAUGAAUUGUUUUGUCUUAUUCUCCCAUCGCAUGUAGGACAAUGACAAUAAUUAAAAAUCGUGUCAGAUGAGAAACUGAUUAAAUCGAUAUUAAUUGAAUGAGUAACAGUGACUGUUCACUGUGACAUGAUAUUAUUGUAAUUUGUUUUUGUUUCCAUAAAUAACUUGACUUUUUUAUUUAUUUAUUUUAUGGUCGAAAUACUAUAGCUUGCGUCAAGGGCGAAAAAAAAAUUAACUCGUUCGUUCGUAGUUUGUACUUCUUAAGUUCUAACUUUCGCGCGAUUAGUAAUAUCAUCAUAAUUACCUUAGCGCGAAUUCUCUUUGUUAUUGUUUUAAUUCUGUUUAAGUGAUUAAUUUGUUGUUUGUAUUAGUUGUACACUAUUUGUCCCUAAGAAGAAUUAUUCAAAGCUUGAAUUCCAUUUUUUAAGUAGGUAAGUAUCUUAAAAGUUAAUAUCAAUACAGUUAUUACAAGGACGCUGGUUUGCCGCCAAAAUAUGAGUAUAUUUAACAUAAGAAGAAAAAAUGUAUGGGAAAUUAAUUUUAACUGUUAUGCAUGUGUAAAUGUAUAUUUAUUUAAAUUAAUUAUAAAUGAAGGGUAAUAUGCCUAAUGCCUAUGCUGUACUAAGUUAUAAAUAAAAUUUUGUGGGGCAAAUCAGUGAUCUACGAAGACAUUAAUUUUUUUAUCUGAUGGUGCUGUUAUGAGAGUUUAAAUGCAUGUUUUUUUGCUUUAUAGAAAUAUGAUGGACACUGGUGAUAAGAGAUCUUCAAAAGCAUGGCAAUAUUUUACUGAUUUAAAAAACUUUAAGGCUAAAUGUAAUAUCUGCGCUAAAGUUAUGUCUUAUAAAGGUGGUGGUCCUUACAACUUAACUCGUCACACAAAAUCCCAACAUCCCAGCGUGUUUUUUGCAUCCCACCAAUACAAAAUCAAAGAAACUGAAGAUGACGUAUCCCAGCCUUCUACUUCUUAUUCUUCACAACCUUCUACUUCUUGCCCUUCACUGCCUGCAAGUUCACAGACUGAAAACUCUUUGACAAAACCAAAUAUUGCUUUCGAUACCGCUUGUUUAAAUUUUGAAACUAUUAUAGAAAAACCAGUCAAAACAACUAAUACAAAAUUAACCAAUUUUUUUAAACCACUAUCUGCAAAAAAAUCUGAACAGCUUAACAGGAAUUUAGUAGAACUUAUUGCUAAAAACUAUUUGCCACUAAACAUUGUUGAAAGUAACACAUUCCGUAAUUUUAUUCAUGGACUGAAUCCAAACUACACCAUACCAUGUCGCAAAACAUUAUCAAAUGCUCUUUUGGUAAACUAUUAUAAUAUCGAAAAGCAAAAAGUUCAGAAAUGCCUGGAAGGCACAGAUUUCAUAUCUUUAACAACAGAUGGAUGGACUUCAAAGCCAAAUGAACACUAUAUAUCACUAACAGCUCAUUUCCUUAAUGAUAAAACUGAGUUAGAAUCAAAAGUAUUAGAAUGUUAUCAGUACUCGGAUAGGCAGUUUGCAGAAAAUUUAAAAAAUGAAAUAAUGAGAAUGUGUGAGGACUGGAAUAUCACAAAUAAGAUUGUAGCUGUAACAACAGAUAAUGCUAAUAACAUAAAAGCAGCCGUAAAAUUACUGAAGUGGAAACAGAUUCCUUGUUUUGCUCAUACUUUAAAUAUAAUAGUUCAGUUGGCUUUAAAAGAAAUAAAACCCACGCAGAUGAAAAUCAAAAGCUUAGUAGAACAUUUUAGACGAAGUCCACUUGCGUCGGAAAGACUUAAAACUAUGCAGAAACAAUUACAGGAAAAAGAGUUGAAGCUUAAGCAAGACGUGGUAACCCGCUGGAACUCAACUUUAGAUAUGUUCACUCGAGUGCUCGAAACAAAAAAAAGUCUUAUGUCUGUAAUAACAUUAGAAUAUCCCGAAAUAGCAAACUUAAAUAAUGAUGACAUAGAAAUUAUGUCAUAUUCAAAACAGAUUUUAUAUUUUUUUAAGGACGUCACGGAAGAAAUGAGUUCUGAAAAAAACGUCACAAUUUCUAGCGUGAUAUUAAUAUCCAACGCCUUAAAUAAAGAAUGUCGGAGAUUUUUAUCCCAAGAAAUGCCUCAGCCAGUCAAGAAAAUGACUGAGGUAUUAUUAAAUGAACUAACAACCAGAUUUCUUAACAUCGAGGAUAAUAACAUAUUUGCGGAGAGUACAUUGUUAGAUCCGAGGUUUAAAAGACAUGGAUUUUAUAACGAAUUUUCUUACGGGCGUGCUUGUACGAAUUUAAAACAUUUGGUCGCAAAUGUAAUUUUACGAUCGCAGGCUGAAAUUUUAAUUGAAAAUCCAGUAGAAACCGUAGUUGUUGAGCCGUUGACGAAAAAGAAACGUAACAUCUGGUCUGAUUUUGACAGAGAAGUAGACGAAAUAAUUAAAAACACAAACCCUACAGCCGGAGGUAUUAUUGAAGUGGAUAAAUAUUUAGAGGAACCACUCUUACCACGAAAUAAAGACCCUUUUAUAUGGUGGCAACAGAAAAAAACUGCUUAUCCACGAUUAUAUGAAAUCGUAAAAAAGAGACUUUGCAUAUGUGCUACAUCAGUUCCAUCCGAACGUGUAUUUUCAAAAUCUGGGCAAAUAAUUUCAGAAAGGAGAAAUAGACUGAGUGGAAAAAAAGCUAGUAUGCUAUUAUUUUUAAAUUACAACAUGUGACUUUAUUUUUUAAACUUUUUUAAACUUAUUUUCUUAUCUUUUUUUAAAUAAAUGCCUAUUUUUUGUGUAAUACCUAAUUUUAUUUAUCACAUUUUUCAUGAACUAAAAACAAGUGGUUCAAAAGUUUUAAUAAAAAUUAUGAAUAUUAAUCUGAUUUUUUUACUGUGUAUAUCGCAAUAAUAGCUAUUUCGAAUAAUAUAUUUUAUCUAUAAAAAUAACUAUAAUACAGCUUAAUAUUUUAACUUAAUUAAUAGCAAUCUAAAUUUUAACUUUUUCGGUUACAAAAUCAAAAUAAAUCCACAAAAUAAUUCGAAAAUAUAGUUUUAAUUAUCCAAAUAUCAAUAGAUCUGUUACUUCAUUUGUCAUGUGGCAACCUCAGUCACCUCUCUUUACUCCACCACACCUCACAACCACACGCAUGACGUAUCGUACAUAAAGGAACUAACAGUACAGAACAGAAUCCUCAAAUGAAGUGGUACAAUGUAUUAACUCAUUUGUUAAAAUAAGGUGGGACAUACAAACACUUCAAUUUUGUUUGUCCUACCCAU